UCGCGACGCUCAGUCUACCGGCGUCGCCCGUGCAACAUGAACGCUUCGUGCUGCUACUUUGCCGGUUAAAGUCGCGUGGAACCUCGAUCUCUCACGGUCUCGCUGUCGACACGCGGCCUUAUAAAAUACAGCUGAAUAUUUUGUGCGUUAUUUUGUGAAUAUUUUGUGAAAUGCGGUUGUGCCGAGAACACAAGUUGGUUCGUUCCGAUACGACGAAGAAUCGUGUAUUUUCAGUUUACGGUUCGUUGUGGCGUUUUGACACAAUCUCGAAAUGAUCUGCCCCCUCACUGCGCGGAAUCCUGCGAUCAAAAUGAAUAUAUGAUCUCUGUUGUGGUUGCAGUUUUCUAGUGUUAAGCUCGAUAUAUGUAAAUUGCCAGUACAACGAGGAUUGUAAAAUUUAUGCUUUUAAAAACUGGGACAAUGAUUUUUUAAUGAUCGUAUUUUGAUUCUUCGUAAUUCGAAGAUGGAAUUUUAUCGCAAGUGGAAGAAAACCCCCUCUUUCGAGGGGAGAAUUUUUCACGAAGAAACCAAGUUAUCGAAGUAACGAAGAAUUUACGAAAAGUGGACGAAGCGUUUAUUCAAAGAUAUACCGCGGUGCCCUAAAACAACAUCCCAAAGACCAGAGAACAGAGAGACCAGACAGAGGCAUCGGCUGGAACAAACUCUAUCCACCAACUUGCCCAGUGAAUCAGAUCAGCGGACCUAAAAUCUCCGUAAGCAUCCGUGAAAGCUCACGGAUAGCCUGACUUUGGCUUUUCACUCGAGAGCACGAUGCACGUCGAUACUCGGGUCCGUCGAUACCUCUUCCGCCAGCUGUCUUCCACCUUGGAAAGCUCGAAGGCCGUGCUCGUGUUCGAACACUUGAAACAGACUGUACCCGAACGGUUUCCAGGCGUGUAGCAUGCUCAUAGGCAGCGAGCGCUGGAAUGGAAGUCGGUGAGCCAGCGGACGAGGACGUGGACCGAUCGAUAGGCAGGCUCAGCACGACUUGCGGCAUCGGCCGCCUUUCAGAAUCGCUCAACUCGAGCGUUCGCGACACGUUCGAAGCGACCACUGCUUCUGCAGACAUUUACCAGCUAUCAAACGUCAUCUGGACGGCGAUCAAGGGCGUAGCGAUCGUCAGCAUUAUCGUCACCGCUCUGGUAGGGAACGCGCUGGUGAUCGCCAGCGUUAGAAGGCAUCGGAAGCUCCGAGUGCCAACCAAUCGAUACGUGGUCAGCCUAGCAGCGGCCGACUUCCUCGUCGCGGUCUGCGCCAUGUCUUUCAACGCAUCUGUCGAGCUGACUGGUCGAUGGAUGUUCGGAAGGAUCAUGUGCGAUGUGUGGAGCUCGUUGGACGUUUAUUUCUCCACUGCCUCUAUCCUUCAUCUAUGUUGCAUCAGCGUGGAUAGAUAUUAUGCUAUAGUCAGGCCGCUCGAGUAUCCUGCCAUCAUGAGGAGGCUCACAGUGACUUGUAUGCUGGGCAGUGCCUGGCUGCUGCCUGCUUUGAUCAGUUUCAUCCCUAUAUUUAUGGGAUGGUACACUACCGAAGAACAUUUGGAAGAGUUGAGGAAGAAUCCUCAGGUGUGCAAGUUCGAGGUGAAUCGACCGUACGCGGUGAUUAGUUCCUCGGUUUCCUUCUGGAUCCCCGGUCUCGUGAUGAUCGUGAUGUACUGCAAGAUCUACAAGGAGGCUGUUCGUCAAAGGGAGGCGCUCAGUCGUGCCUCGAGCAAUACCGUCCUAAACAGCGUUCACUUGCAUCGGGCGUCCACCUCGAGACAUCAUUCCAGGGCGUCCCAUCAGUUGUUGCUGCAUCCGAGCGACGCCAGUGACUUUGGCAGACCUGUGUCUUACAGAACCGCCGCGGAGUUGAACGUGGAGAACGGCACUUCGAUACGACAGCAAACGAAGAGCUGGAGAGCCGAGCAUAAAGCUGCGAGGACGCUUGGAAUAAUAAUGGGAGCGUUCCUCCUUUGCUGGCUACCAUUUUUCCUUUGGUAUCUAACGACGACUCUAUGCGGCGAGGCCUGCUAUUGUCCAGACACGGUGGUAUCCGUCCUCUUCUGGAUAGGUUACUUCAACAGCGCUCUGAACCCGCUUAUUUAUGCGUACUUCAACCGCGACUUCCGCGAGGCCUUCAAGGACACGCUGAUGAGCGCCCUGCCGUGUUGUGCGAGCUGCUGGAAAACCCCGUCAGAGUUCGUCUAGCGAAAGAAACCCCCGUGAACAGUCGCGUCGAGCAAGCUGUGUUUUGCGAUCCACAAAAGAAAUCGGUAUCGAUUCAUUCGUCGAGCGAUCGUCCAACUUGCCGUGUUAGGAAACUUUACAAUAAUGGACCUCGUUAUCUGUCGAUAAUGUAACCAAUCCAAUCUACUGACUUGAUUAAUUCGAGAGUGAUCGAAGGAAUAACGAAAGACGGCGGUACUACGAUAAAGAAUAAUAUAUGUAAUGUUACUUGAAAUUCAUAAAGAUAUCGCUUUUGGAAUAUAAAGUGAAAAAACUAUCUGACUGGACACUUUUGUACAUCUAUUAAAAAAAAAAAAAAUGAAAAAAAUA